AGCUUUAUUGAGUUUUUUGUUGUUGUUGGAGAGAUUCAUGUAAUUUAAUAUGAGUGUUGCUUAAGUAAGGCUGUUAUGUUCAGAACACCGAAACAGAUGAAGUCCUGCCUUGAGAGUAUGUGAAGCUAUUAAGUACCUCACAGAAGCUCUUCAGUCUAUCAGUGAAGUAGAGCUUGAAGAUGCACUGGAAAAGAUCAUUGAUGCAGUUGAAAAGCAACCCUUGUCAUCCAACAUGAUUGAACGAUCUGUAGUGGAGGCAGCAGUCCAGGAAUGCAGUCAGUCGGUAGAUGAAACUAUAGAACAUAUUUUCAAUAUCAUAGGAGCAUUUGAUAUUCCACGCUUUGUGUACAAUUCAGAAAGAAAAAAAUUUCUUCCUCUAUUAAUGACCAACCACCCUAAACCAAAUUUAUUUGGAACAGCAAGAGAUAAAGCAGAGCUGUUUCGUGAACGCUACACCAUUUUACACCAGAGAACCCACAGACAUGAAUUAUUUACUCCUCCAGUGAUAGGUUCUCACCCUGAUGAAAGCGGAAGCAAAUUCCAGCUUAAAACAAUAGAAACCCUAUUGGGCAAUACAACCAAAAUUGGAGAUGUAAUUGUUCUUGGAAUGAUAACACAGCUAAAAGAGGGAAAAUUUUUUCUGGAAGAUCCGACGGGCACAGUACAACUGGAUCUUAGUAAAGCUCAGUUCCAUAGUGGUUUAUACACAGAGUCAUGCUUUGUCUUAGCAGAAGGUUGGUUUGAAGAUCAAGUGUUUCAUGUCAAUGCCUUUGGAUUUCCACCCACUGAGCCGUCUAGCACUACUAGGGCAUACUAUGGAAAUAUUAAUUUUUUUGGAGGGCCUUCUAAUACAUCUGUAAAGACUUCUGCAAAACUAAAACAACUAGAAGAUGAGAAUAAAGAUGCCAUGUUUGUGUUUAUAUCUGAUGUUUGGUUAGACCAAGCAGAGGUGUUGGAAAAACUUCACACCAUGUUUUCUGGUUAUUCACCUGCACCUCCAACCUGCUUUAUUCUGUGUGGCAAUUUUUCAUCUGCACCAUAUGGAAAAAACCAAGUUCAAGCUUUGAAAGAUUCCCUAAAAACUUUGGCAGACAUAAUAUGCGAAUAUCCCAGUAUUCACCAAAGUAGUCGUUUUGUGUUUGUACCUGGUCCAGAGGAUCCUGGAUUUGGUUCCAUCUUACCAAGGCCACCACUUGCUGAAAGCAUUACUAAUGAAUUCAGGCAAAGAGUGCCAUUUUCGGUUUUUACUACUAAUCCUUGCAGAAUUCAGUAUUGUACACAAGAAAUUAUUGUCUUUCGUGAAGACUUAGUGAAUAAAAUGUGCAGAAACUGUGUCCGUUUUCCUAGUAGCAAUUUGGAUAUUCCUAAUCAUUUUGUGAAGACUAUCUUAUCCCAAGGACACCUGACUCCUCUACCCCUCUAUGUCUGCCCAGUAUACUGGGCAUAUGACUAUGCUUUGAGAGUGUACCCUUUGCCUGAUCUACUUGUCAUCGCAGACAAAUAUGAUCCUUUCACUUUGACCAAUACUGAAUGCCUCUGCAUAAACCCAGGCUCUUUUCCAAGAAGUGGAUUUUCAUUCAAAGUUUUUUAUCCUUCCAACAAGACAGUAGAAGAUAGCAAACUUCAAGGUUUUUGAGAUUCUUGAAUACCAUCGAAGAAACAAAACUCCAUUUUCUGCUUAAUUUUAUAUUUCAUGUAACUUUGAUAUUAGGUUACAAUAAAAUUAUAGUAAACUUUA